GAGCCAAAUCUUAAAGGAUCGGGAGCUAAGAAAGACCGGAGGUGGCCGUGGCUGCAGCGAAACACAGGGAGGUGAUGCUACAUGGCCCCGUGUGGGUUUCUUUUAAGUUGCUAAUGUCCAUACCAUAGUCUUCGCCCAUGGAGCCCAUGAGAGACUACCCACUGUUCGGGGGCGCCUUCUCCGCCACUCUCCCGCCCGGGGCCAUUGAUGUAAGCGACCUCCGACCGGUUCCGGACAAUCAAGAAGUUUUCUGCCAUCGCGAGACAGACCAGAGCCUGAUCGUGGAACUUCUGGAGCUGCAGGCCCACGUGCAGGGCGAAGAGGCUGCGCGGUACCACUUUGAGGACGUUGGUGGCGUGCAGGAGGCUAGGGCUGUGCAAGUGGAGGCUGUGCAGCCCCUCCUUUUGGAGAACUUGGCCCUGAGGGGCUGCUGUCAAGAGGCGUGGAUCCUCUCUGGCAAGCAGCAGGUGGCUAAAGAAAACCAGCAGGUAGCAAAGUGUGUGACACUGCACCAGGCCUUGCUGCGGCUGCCCCAGUACCAGACUGAUCUCCUGCUCACCUUCAAUCAGCCCCCGUCAUCUCUUGGCCCUGAAAAUCUGUCACUUCCGCCCUGGAGCCUGGGUGAUUUUGAGCAGCUGGUGACCAGUCUGACUCUUCACGAUCCCAACAUCUUUGGUUCCCAAUAAGGAUGCUGAAACGCUGCAUGCUGCUGUGGAAGACUUAGGACUUUUGUUCUGCAAGAGGAACAAGGGAUGGGACAUAGUCCCCUAAUUCCUUCCCAGUGCAUAAACAUAAGACGCCGCCUCUCUGUAGAAAUAAACUUGCUUUAUAACCAA